GCGGAGUUGAAAUUCUUACGCGCAUAGGAAUAGGAAUCGAACCCUGGCCGACCACUCUCGCCAUUCUAGGUCACAAUGGCGGGGAGCGAGGAAAGCAACCAGGCAUCCCGCUACGUGAAGCUGGUCAAGGAGCAGGAUGGACCCAUGGAAGAGAUCCUCGAGGGCGAGCUCAAUCAGCCGGUUGUUGUCCCGCAGCUGCUCGUUCACCGUUGCCGCGAAUGCGGCCAACCGCUACCCGAGAGCUACGAGCCGCCAGCGAACGAGCCGUGGACGACAGGGAUCUGCGGCUGCGCCGACGACACAGACACUUGUUGCUUGGGCCUCUUCUGCCCGUGCGUGCUCUUCGGGCGCAACGUUGAGCGCAUGAAAGACAACGUGCCGUGGACAACGCCGUGCACUUGUCACGCCAUCUUUGUCGAGGGCGGGAUUGCUCUGGCGCUGGGCACGGCGGCGUUCCACGGGAUCAACCCCCGGGCCGCCUUCCUCGUCGGCGAGGCUCUCCUCUUCCUCUGGUGGAUGUGCGGCAUCUACACGGGCCUCUUCCGCCAAGAGCUCCAGAAGAAAUACCACCUCCAGGAUUCACCCUGCGAUCCUUGCAUGGUGCACUGCUGCAUGCACUGGUGUGCUUUGUGCCAGGAGCACCGAGAAAUGCACAGCCGCCUCUCGGACGAUGUCGCCAUGCCAAUGACGCUCGUCAAUCCACCGGCGCAGCAGCUCAUGAACGCUUCCUCCGCCGCAGAGAUCAAAGCUCAAGAGUGAGUGAGAGAGAUGUUUAGGCUAGAGUUUUGAAGCCUUGAGCAACGAGCAACCAGCAGCGAUUGCAUUGUUAGCGUCAACUUUGUGUCACGGGCAAUCUUAUAUGUUCAAGUCUUUCUUGUA